AUGACUGCCCUUCCUUCCAUGUAGAGAUUAAUAAUUGAUUAGCUCACAGUCAGGAGUCUUAUUAGUAAAAGGGAAUUGGUUACUUUUGGAUGCCAUUUUUUUUUUUAACUGGGUAACAUACAGGAGACGGGGGUGCUACAGGACUUGCCGGCAGAAAAAUGAAGAGGAUCCUGGUUUUCCUGCUUGCUGUAGCAUUUGUGCAUGCUCUAGAGAGAGGUCGAGAUUAUGAGAAAGAUAAAGUCUGCAAGGAACUCGCCAGCCUGGGAAAAGAUGACUUCACAUCUUUGUCAAUGGUCCUAUACAGCAGAAAAUUUCCCAGUGGCACCUUUGAACAGAUCAGUCAUCUUGUGAAUGAAGUUGUCUCCUUGACAGAAGCCUGCUGUGCUGAGGGGGCCGACCCUGACUGUUAUGACAACAGGACUUCAGCAUUGUCUGCUAAGUCCUGUGAAAGUGACUCUCCAUUCCCAGUGCACCCAGGAACUCCCGAGUGCUGCACCAAAGAGGGCCUUGAAAAGAAACUCUGUAUGGCUGCCCUGAAGCACCAGCCACAAGAAUUUCCUACCUAUGUAGAGCCAACAAAUGAUGAGAUCUGUGAGGCAUUCAGGAAAGAUCCCAAGGGGUUUGCUGAUCAAUUUAUGUAUGAAUAUUCCAUUAAUUAUGGACAAGCUCCUUUGACACUAUUAGUCAGUUACACCAAGAGUUCUCUCUCCAUGGUAGGGUCGUGCUGUACCUCACCAAACCCAACAGUAUGCUUUUUGAAAGAGAGACUUCAGCUUAAACAUUUAUCACUUCUCACCACAAUGUCAAAUAGAAUCUGUUCACAAUACUCUGCUUAUGGGAAGGAGAAAUCAAGGCUCAGCCAUCUCAUAAAAUUUGCCCAGAAAGUGCCUACUGCGAAUCUGGAAGAUGUUUUGCCGCUGGCUGAAGGUAUUACUACAAUCGUCUCCAAGUGCUGUGAGUCUGCCUCUGAGGACUGCAUGGCUAAGGAGCUGCCUGAAUACACAGUAAAAAUCUGUGACAACUUAUCCACAAAGAAUUCUAAGUUUAAGGACUGUUGUCAAGAAAAAACACCCAUGGACAUUUUUGUGUGCACUUACUUCAUGCCAGCUGCCCAAAACCCCGACCUGCCAGAUGUCAAGUUGCCCACAAACAAAGACAUGUGUGAUAAAGGAAACACCAAAGUCCUGGAUCAGUAUACCUUUGACCUAAGUAGGAAGACUCAUAUUCCAGAAGUAUUCCUCAGUAAAAUACUUGAGCCAACCCUGAAAAGCCUUGAUGAAUGCUGCCACUCUGAAGACUCUACUGCCUGUUUCAACGCUAAGGGCCCUCAAUUGACGAGAGAACUAUCUUCUUUCAUUGAAAAGGGACAAGAACUGUGUGCCGAUUAUUCAGAAAACACAUUUACUGAGUACAAGAAAAAACUGGCAGAGAGGCUAAGAGGAAAACUGCCUGAUGCCACAGAGACAGAACUCGAAGAGCUGGUUGCCAAGCGCUCAGACUUUGCCUCCAAGUGUUGUUCUAUAAACUCACCUCCUCUCUACUGCAAUUCAGAGAUUGAUGCUGAAAUGAAUACCCUACAGUCCUGAUGCAUGUGUAUUGUCUUAGACCUAGAGCUGGAACCACUCUGGGAAUGACAUCUGACAGCCUAACCUAAGCAAAACCAGAGCUCCUAGGGAGACAACUAGGAUACUCCCUGCUUGUUAUCAGCUGCAAGAGCCUCGUACUACUGUUAAUGUUGAGUAUGAUGAUCUGUUAACAAAAUAAAUUGAACUACAAUGCAAACCAUAAA